AUGAGCUGCUCGAGGGUCGAGUACCCACGCGACGACCACGGCACACCCGCAGCCUCCCAGUCGCAUGUAGGCGCGGUCAGGACCACCACCACCACCGCCUCGCGACGACCACGAGCAACCGCUGCUGCUGCUGCUGCUGCUGCUGCUGCUGCUGCUGCUGGCUCGACCUCGAACUCGGCAACACUGACCGUCGCACCUUCCCCCAUCACGACUCGCUCGGGUCGUGCUCUUGGUUCGGUCGGGGGCAAGUCCGGCCCAGGUUACUCUCCGUAUGCCUACCCAGCGCGCAAGACGACGGCGACCCACGACGGCGACCAUGACGACGAGGCCAGUUUCGAUGCCUCGUUCGACUCGCCGAUCCAACGCAGGCGACACCCACCACCAUCAGCAUCCACUACCGUAGCCCCCACCCAAGCCCAAGCCCAGACACAGAAACGAGGCGGCCUCUUUUCGGGCAUCAAGAGCAUUCCCGGCCGCGCGCUCGGCUACAUCUUCCAUCGCAGCAACUCGACCGCGACCCUCUCCAGCUCGGCCUCGCUGCAGGAUGUCCGACGCGCUGUCGAAAAGGAACAGCGGUCGUCGCAAUCACCCAAAAACGCGAUCGCUUCCAGGACACGAUCCGGUGCUCAGCGGUCGACCGCCCCUGGGGCUGCAGCGGGAGGAGGAGGAGGAGGAGGAAGAGGCAUGUCGAGGAGCAAGACGGGCGUCCAUCUCUCCGAACUUGGCCGACCUUUACCGUCGUCGUCCUCGCUCUCGGCCUUGUCGACCCUUGCAUCUGCGUCUACGAGUGCACCCGUGGCGUCAUCCUCGACCUAUGCCUCGAACGGUCUGCCGAGAUCGUCGCAUUCGACCCUGACGAUGCCGCCCUCGAACCUCAACGGCGGCGCGCCUUCGUUCCUCGCGCCGACGUCCUACUCGCGUCAAGGCUCACCCGCACCGUCCUCCAACGCCGGUGCAGGCUACUCCCGUCGGAGCCCUUCUCCGACGCGCAACCAACUCGCGGGGACCAUGUCGGCCUUCAACUUCAACUCGCACGACGCCGCGUCCGACAUGCGCGCCGGAUCUCGCGCCGGCAGUUCAAGCGCUGUCGUCAAAGCUCCCACCUCGAAUGCUUUCGGGUUGCAAUCGAGGUCCCCUUUCGUGGCCACACGACGUGCCCCUUCACUCGCUCGCAGUGCAUCGGUCUCCUCGAUCGCCGGCGCGAGCACGAACGGCGCCGGUGUCAGUGCCGCCGGCCAUUCGCUCUUCCCUUACGCCUCCCCCAAACCCCGUGGAGCAUCCCCUAGCGCCCUGUCGACGAGUCGAUCCGUGUCGUCGUCGUUGAACCACAAAAAGUCCUACGUCGCUCUUUCUGGUGCGCUCAAUUCAUCUCGAGCGAGGGUCGGGUCACCGCUCAACCCUCAUUUCCCGACGGCUUCGGUCGGAGAGUCAGCUUCCGUGUUUGGGGGGGCUAGUGUCGAUCCGGGUUUCGAGAGGGCUAGGAAGAAGCAGAUGGUUUGGGAUCCGGAGAAGGGUUUGGUUUCGAGGGAGGCGAUGGAGAGGGAGCGAGAGGCGUGAGUUGUCAAAGACGGCUCUAGGCGAGGUAUUGGUUGACUGAUGCUUUGUUUUUUCGAUGUAUCUGCUCGCCCGCAGUGCCCAAGCACCGCCGCCGAAGAAUGAAGCUGAGAGGAUUUUGGAAGUACUAGAGGGGAUGGGUCGUACACCUUUGGGCGAAGCGCAGCGCGCGACCUUCAAGGUGAGCCAUGCCAACAGUCCAUCGGCUUUCGCGCAAUCUGCGCUGACGCUGUGUUCGUCCUUACAGCCGAUCAAUGUACCGGUACCGCAAGCCUCGACGUCGAGCUUACUCAGCCGAAGCGCCUCGACUCCACUCCUGGCGACGGCCUCACCGUACGGUCGUCGUGCCCCCGUCGCCCCGGCCGCGCGCGAGUCCACCCGUGGGGUCGGAUUGGAAGCGCAACUCCGAGCACGAGAAGAUCGACGACGCGCUCAAAUCGAACGAGAGCGGGAGGAACGCGAGCAGGAACGAUUGGAGGACGAGGAGAGGGAACGACAACGCGUCGAGAGGCGUCGGAGGCGUCGCGAUGAGGAGGAGAGAUUGAAGCGCGAGGAAGAGGAUGAGAUGCUGAUGGAAUCGAUUGAGGAUGAGGAGGCUGCGCCUGUAGCGAGACGCAAGACGCGCUCGAUGGCGGCGGCGGCGGCGGCGAAGGACCCGAAACCGAUGACGUCGACACCUGCGAAAGCGAGGGCCGGGACGGGCAAAGGCAAGGCAGCUGCUGCGUCGACGACACCGGCUCGAGUGACGAGACGGUCGGCGAGGAAGGCUGCGUCCGAGGAAUCGAUGCAGGCCGAUGAUGUGCCCAUGUCACCACCACCCGCGGCAUCGCGACGACGCGCCGUCAAAUCACCUUCCCCCGUCAAGGAAGCGAGUCCCUCUCCUCCGCCUCCGGAACCGACACCCGUGGAAUCUGCUCCAGCUUCGUCGUACAAGCCCAUCACCGAAGCUGAGCGAGCCGCCAACGCCUCUUCCUCCCUUCGUCCCGGUCGUUCGCACACGUCUCGGACGCAUACCUCGUCGUCCAAGAUCUUUUCGGCGAGGGAAGAGGAUCUGCCUCCGGUCGAUGAGAACGAGUUGGGCAAGAUCAAGUUGCCCGAAAUGAAGUUCCCCGCCAACUUCUCGUUUGGGCCAAUUGGAGGGGCCGCUUCCUCCACCGCAUCGACGAGUACGACGAAGGCGACUCCGGCACCUACGCCAGUUUCUGCACCGGCUACUUCGACCAACAGCCUCUUUGGUCGUCUUGGUCCUGCGUCAUCGGAACUUGCCUCGAGCAAACCUACCGCUGCACCAACACCGUUCUUAUUCGCUCCACCUCCGGCACCUAAGAACGAUACCACAACCGCUCCUCCCGCACCCAAGACCUCGAUGGCUUCCAAUUUCUUCUCGAAACCCCCUACCCUCCCCACUUCCUCCAGCGACGCCUCGAAGACCUCCUCGACCAAACCUCCCGACUUCUUUGCUACCGUUUCCGCCGCGCCCUCAACGAAGAGGAACGAAGUCGAUACACCCCCCUUGUCGACCCUCCCUUCGGCGUCGGAUUUCUUCGGCGUCAACAAACCCGUGGAGGCGAAGCAGGCCCCUGCCCCCGCUCCCUCGACUUCGAAUGUGGCGAACCCUUUUGCGGCGCUAGGGAAACCCGUUGCUGAGAUUAUUGGAGAAAGCAGUGCGGAAAAUGCUAGGGCUGCUCCGCCGAUAUUCGGGAAUGCUUCGUCGAUAGCAAGUCCGUUUGGCGCGUCGAGUGGUUUGUUCGGUGCUGCACCCAAGCAGGAUGGAGAGGUGAGCGGGCUGUUCAGGCCAAUCGUUGGAGAAUUCCGAUCUGACGUGACUUGCCUCCCUUUGAACAGAAGAAGGAUACGCCUUCGGCUAAGCCUGUUGUCUCGUUCGGGGCUCCCGCAUCCUCGGCGAUAAGCUCGACCUCGGCCCCCACAGCACCUGCCCCGCUACCUUCGUUCUCGUUCGGUGCCCCUGCCCCUGCGGCUGCAACUGCUUCUUCAUCUACGAGCGACAAGGAGGCCGAAGACAAGCCCCAAGCUGCCCCUGCGCCGUUUACCUUUGGUGCACCAGCUGCUUCCUCCGCCGCCGACGCCCCUGCCUCGACUGCACCCGCUCCCUCCUUCAGCUUCGGGCAACCGCCCGCUGCGGCCGAGAAGAAAUCCGAAUCGGGCUCGACGGAAAAGCCUGCCGCUCCAACGGCUCCGACACCAUUCGCUGGCUUUGGAGCUGCUCCAUCGAUGCCUCCUGUCGUCGUCAUGCCCAGCAUUGAUGAUGGUGACGAAGACAGUGGAAUGGAGGACGAGACGGGAGCAACCGACUGGAACACCGCCGCCAAGCCGUCGCCGUUCACGUUCGGACAACCCGCAGCUGGGGCAUCGUCGCCGUCACCUUUCGGCAAUUCCCCCGCCUUUGGCGCCAGUGCCCCGACUUCGGCCGCUCCCUUCUCCUUCGGCGCUCCGGCUGCGACAACGAGCCAAAAGCCGACGAGCAUCUCUUUCGGCAGUGCGGCCAACCCGACGGGCAGCUCGUCGCUGUUUGGCGGUGUGGGUGCGGCCACAUCGACUCCCUUUGGCGGUUUGUCACCCUCGCCUUCGCCUGGACCUCCUUCCGCCGGUCUCGUGAACACGGCCUUCUCAUUCGGAACGACGUCUUCCACAACUCCGUCUGCUCCCACCCCUUCUGCUGCGCCGGCGACGUUCACGUUCGGGGCUCCCUCAGGGCCGACAACUCCCUCUGGUGGUCUGUUCGGCAACUCGGGCACCUCGACAACGAACGGCAACAUGUUCGGCUCCGCGGGUGGAGCAGCGAUGUCGCAAACGCUCUCCGCGCCAGGGUUCGGUGCCCCGACUGCACCAGCCGUGAGGGCGCCUUUUGGAGCUCCUUCCGCCAUACCUACGUUCACGUUCGGUGCGUCGUCCAACCCCGGUACACCUACAACGAGUACGGCGUUCAACUUUAGUGCGCCGCCUUCUUCGACGCCGAUGAAUAGCAAUGGUGGAUUCGCGGGGUUCGGUGUGGCACCGACUACAUCCUCGAACGGCUUCGGAAGUGGACUUUCGAAUCCUGCAGGUGGUGGAGGGACCUCCUUUGGUGCUCCUUCAGUCCCUGUAGGUGUUUCUUCGAAUGCGCCCUUAAGUCCUGCGGGUGGUGCGGGGGCAGGCGCGGGGGCUUUGUUCAGUAUUGGGAGUGGCGGGGACGAGAGUCCGAAUAAGAGGAAGAUCGCUCCGCUCAGGAGGAGAAGGGGGUGA